CAGCUGAUAUUCGCUGUGAGCGGAAGUAGAAAGUGACAGGCUGACUGGGCUUUAGGUUUGGUUAGCCUAGCUGCUCGUCCGUGUCUCCAAAGCAGAAACACAGAACUCAGCUUGCAAUGAUGCUUUGGUUUCAGGGCUCAAUUCCUGAUGCCAUUAAAUCGGCUAAACAACGGAGUUUGGUCUUUGUCGUUGUCAUCACAGGAGAAGAUGAACAGUCUGCACAGCUGAUGUCCAGCUGGGAGGAUGACAGGGUCUCAGAGGCAGCCCAGAAAUGUUGCGUGGCCAUCAAAGUGGAGGCCAAGAGUGACACGUGUGCACAGUUCUCCCAGAUUUAUCCAGUGGUGUGCAUACCAUCGAGCUUCUUCAUUGGAGAGAACGGGAUUCCUUUGGAGGUCAUCGCUGGAAGUGUGUCUGCUGAAGAACUGAUAAAGAGAAUCAACAGAGUUGAUCAGAUGCACACUCAGGAGAGUGGAAGUGGGACAGUGUCAUCAGAGGCAGAUGAUCCUGUAGCGACCGGCUCAGCCACAGAACCUGCCUCAGCUUCAGCAGUGCCUCUAUCGUCUACAGUAACCACAGAGCCUGUAGCAGCACCAGAAGCGGCAAGAGUGUCUCUCUCAAGUCCAGAGAAUGCAUCUUUAGAUCAUCCGACUCAGGGUGAAGAAAACUUGGAUGCUAAGGUGGAACGAUUGACCAAGAAGCUGGAGGAGAGACGAGAGCAAAGAAAAAAAGGAGAAGAAGAGAAUGAAAUCAGAAAGGAAAUGGAGAGACGGAAAGUGGGGAAAGACAUGCAGGACUUCAAGAGGAAACAAGAAGAGGAGAAAACCAAGCGACUCUUAGAGGAAAGAAACAGAGAGAAGGCAGAGGAGAAGGCUGCCAGGGAACGGGUCAAACAGCAAAUUGCUAUGGACCGAGCUGACAGAGCAGCCCGCUACACCAAAACACGAGAGGAUGAAAAGGCUGCUAAGCUGGCGCUGCUGCAGGCCAGGCAGGCAGAAGAGGAGGCCAGGAAGGAGGCAUUAGUUAGGGAGAGGAGUACCAUAGCAAGGAUCCAGUUCCGCCUCCCAGACGGCUCCUCCUUCACCAACCAGUUCCCCUCACAGAGUAGACUGCAGGAGGCUCGAAACUUCGCUGCUCAGGAAGUUGGGAACCGCUAUGGAAACUUUUCCCUUGCAACCAUGUUCCCUCGGCGCGAGUUCACCAGUGAAGACCUAAACAAGACUCUGCUAGAACUGGACCUGGCUCCAAGUGCUUCUGUUGUUCUUUUGCCACAAUCAGGCAGGCCUGCAAACACAGUGGUCCAGUCCUCUGGUGGUGGCAUUUGGGCAGUUCUGGGUACACUCCUCUACCCUCUGCUGGCUGUAUGGAGAUUUCUCAGUUCCUUUGUGUUUGCAACACCACCCCCCUCUGCUGCAGCAUCUGUCCAGCCCAGGGGUCCCGCUCAGCAGUCCAGCUCUUACAACAGCUCAUCAGCCUCAAACAAGGCAAAGAGGGGAAAUCUCUCCAAACACACGUUGGAGAACCGUCCCAAGGAAUUCAAGAAAGAUGGUAAAGUCUGUAGGCUCAGGACUCAGGAGGACAGUGAGGAUGACAACAACACUUGGAAUGGAAACUCCACCCAGCAGAUGUAGUGCAUUCAGUAACAGCAGCGUCUCCUUCCUCUCACUCUGUUGCUGUGAAUUAGUUCAGUCUGACCAGUUCCAGAUUUCUGCUGCACGUAGAGCUGAUCUAUUUUUCGUUUUCCCUUACUGUGUUCCAGCCCUAUGCUCUGCACCGUGGGUAGCUUGGUUAUAAUAAUCCACAGAGCCUCCUUUGGGCUUAAUCUCAGUGCUUUGUGUUAAUUUUGACAUGAUUCUGACACUUAAUUAGGCUCCGAUUUUAGCAGGUUGAAACCCCUGCGACCAUGAAAGACUACACCAGCACCUCCUCUUUCAGUUACAGCUCCUAUGUGAUUACUGUUAAGUACAUGAGACGGUUAAACCAAACUGACUUUGUGGAGAAAAUGACAGGAAAGAGUUGACCUACAGGUCUUGUAAUCUGAGUCCAGCUUUAUGUUUUGGAGUCACUGCGUUUUGAAAAGCGCGCACUGGUAUGUCUGCUGCUGCAGUCAGAGUUCUACCAAGUGAGACGCAGCACACCUUCACAGGACUGUUGGGAUUAGUUGACAGUGGGUGACUGUUGUAGUUCUUCUAAUUCAACAUUAAAAAUCAAAGCAGCUUG